CGUAUUAUAAAUAUGGGAAAGCCUUUAUCAAAGCAAGUGACAAAGAAGAUCCCGAGGAGGCCACCAAAGACACUGAAGGACAUUAAGGCUUCUAAAGGAGUCGAGAAGUUCAAGGACUUCAGCGUUUGGGUGAAAUAUUGGCUGUUCUAUGGUGGAACUGGAGCUUUCUUUGGAGGCUACUAUGGAGAAUCUGAUAAGGACGAUCAGGAAAACGAUGACCAGAAUAGCGACAAUAAUGAUGGAAGCGGCGGAGGAGGAGGUGAUGACGGAGGAGACUCAGGAGGAGGCUGUGGAGGAUGAGGUGGCUGAGGAGGUUGCGGAGGCUAGAUAUUCUGAAAGGAUUUAUGAUACUGGAUUAAAUUUUUCAUUCAAGUGCC